UCGAUGCUUAUAUUAUUAAUCAUCCCCUUAAACAUACUUACUAUAAUUAAGAAACUUCUCUGAGUUGAAUACACUAUUGUUCUUAUCGCUUUCAUUGUCUCAAUUAAUUACUGAUAAGACUUCGCAUACGAAUCCACCCAGUUCUCCUAUAAUCUCAUCCAUCAUGUCUGACAAAAUCCCUAUUCUCGUAAGAGCUCAUUAUUCGAUUCCGCCUCCGUAUACUAACUGCCCUGCUAGGCCGCCAAUCGAGUGAGUGAUCAUGCAAAAAAGACUCUUGAUCUCGUUACAAAAUUCGUCGAGGAGAAAUGUAUACCGUAUGUCCUUUUGCCAUGACAUCCCAUAUCCUGACCGCACAAGACCACUACUAACAAUCGACAGCGCCGAUCCCAUAUUCCACGCUCAACUCGGCGAGGGUGCUCAGAGAUGGGAUGCCUACCCUUCGGUCAUCGAAGACCUCAAGAAAGAGGCCCAAAGCCUCGGAUUAUGGAACAUGUUCCUUGCGAAAGCACACUAUAAAGAAGGAGCCGGUUUCUCCAACCUCGAAUAUGGAUUGAUGGCAGAACAAUUGGGUAAAUCACACUUAGCAUCUGAAGCUACCAAUUGCGCGGCUCCAGAUACGGGGAAUAUGGAGGUGUUGGCGAAAUAUGGAAACGAGGAACAGAAGAGAGAAUGGCUGGUUCCGUUGUUGGCUGGAAAGAUUCGCUCAGCUUUCUUGAUGACGGAACCGGAUAUUGCCAGUUCUGAUGCUACAAAUAUUCAAAUGGAUAUGAAAAGAGAUGGGGAUGAUUGGAUUUUGAAUGGCUCUGUAAGUUGUGAUGGUUCUAUUUUUGGUCAGGGGUAAUUGGGCUGACAACAUGUUGUAGAAAUGGUGGUCAAGUGGCGCUGGUGACCCGCGAUGCAAGAUUUAUAUUGUUAUGGCUAAGAGUGAUCCUAACAACCCGGAUCAAUACAGGCAACAAUCUGUCAUUUUGGUUCCAGCUGAUUCUCCUGGUAUCACAAUAAAUAGAAUGUUGUCAGUCUACGGCUUUGAUGAUGCUCCUCAUGGACAUGGACAUUUGACAUUCAAGAAUGUUAGAGUACCAGCAAAAAAUAUCGUACUAGGCCCUGGACGAGGAUUUGAGAUUAUUCAAGGCCGUCUUGGUCCUGGACGUAUCCAUCACUGCAUGAGAUCUAUUGGUGCUGUAAGUUUAUCAAGAUCUACACAAACAUUCAAAGCUAAUUAGUCCCAGGCCGAGAAAGCUCUCGAUUGGAUGCUUAUGCGCAUCAAUGACCCCAAAAAGACACCCUUUAAGAAGCAAUUGAAAGAGCAUGGUGUAAUUCUUGAGUGGGUGGCAAGGUCCCGAAUUGAAAUCGAUGCCGCUCGUCUAGUUGUACUCAAUGCUGCUAUUAAGAUAGAUGAGGGAGGUGCAAAGAAUGCACUAAAGGAAAUUGGCGAGGCAAAAGUUCUUGUACCAACCAUGGCAUUAACGGUCAUUGAUCGUGCUGUCCAAUCAUUCGGAGGGGCCGGUGUGUGUCAAGAUACCCCUCUCGCAUCCAUGUGGGCAAAUAUCAGAACCUUGAGGUUGGCCGAUGGACCAGAUGAGGUGCAUCUACAACAGUUGGGUAGAAACGAAAACAAGAGAGGAGCGGAGGUGACUCAGAAGAUCCAUAAGCAGAUGGAGCUCACUGAGGCCCUGUUUGCAAAGUACAGAGUUAAACAUGUAGAACCUGGACCAACUGUACGGGAGAAAUCCAAGUUAUAAGUUAGGUGGCAGUUAGGGAUAUAUUUCGUAUAUGCGUACAAGGGAAAUAAUACGAAUUUCGCAUGGUCUACUAAAUUGAGGAUUAGAAAAAUUCAUAUGGUUCAUAAAAUUCGUAUCAUA